AUGCCAGAAAAAGAUGAUAAAUUUUAUAUAUUUCCAACAUUCAACUUAAAAAUGAAAGUGGCUACAUUACCAACUGGAUAUUGCACUGAUUAUCUACCCAAACCUACAGUUCAAAUGUCAGCAUUUUCUUCAUUAUUUAUUGAAUGGCAUCAAGAUUUAGGAAAUUUAUAUAAUGAUAGAUUGGAAAGUUUGGAAAAUACAUCUAUACUAAACAAGGAGGGGGAUGAGGAAAAUAUUAUAGACAAUGAUGAAAACAUUGAUCUGGAUAGAGCUGAAGAAUUGAUUUUAACUGAUGAUUUAAAUCUUGAUCAAUCUUUAAGAAAUGCGUUGCAUUCAUUUAAACAAAUUUGCAACAUCAGGUGA